AGCAAGUAGUAGUUAUGUCCGAUGUGGGAGAUAGCAGUAACCGGCUAUAUGAUCGUGGAAGAGCUGAGCACGUUAACCGGGCUAUGCUCCUCCUUCUCGGUGUUCGUGCUGGACGCGGGUUCGGAACUGGUUUUCCUAUAUUAGUGUAAGGAUGCGUCACCGAGGAAAUAGAAGUUGGAUAAGUUAGAUAAGUGAAAUCUGUAGAAAAGCAGCAUAUAAAGCUAAGCCCUAUCUGCAACAACAUGGUCCCGAGGAAGUUGAAAAACUAAAUCAAGUGAGAGGGAUACUUCAGUUGCAUUUUGUUAAUUGCCCCUGUACCGACCACCCAAGCAGCUUUUGCAGUCCAUCCCAACCCCCAGUAGUACCCCACCCCCAUUAGGUAACAGCAAAUUACAAGGGCUGCUGUUUGGAAUAUUAUUUAAGGGGUGCCACCCUUCCUAACGACCCACUGACAAACGCUCCGAUCAUUUCCCACUCCCAUUAUGUGACUACCCCAUACCGGCUACGGGGGGUCCUUGCCUGGAUCAGAUCCUAGUCCUGCAAUCCUCUAUCCAGCUGUGUGGCUCGAACUUGUAUUCGUGUAACAGUCCAGUAGCGUCGCUAUCUGGUCUUCCCUCUUUCUAAUUUCCCAGUUUAUUGGCCUCUUGGUUUACUUUUUUAACAUUACUCUGCCCAGUCUUGCUAACGCCCUCAGCCUUUCGGACGUGCCUACUUGCAUAUCUCAUUCAGCUAGUCUUACUCUGCAUCACUUAUCCUUCAGAACUGUUCGUGGCUAGAGGUCCCAAACUGAUGCCAUCCAAGUACGUGUCAGUUGGCCACCAACCCAAUACUGUCCUUUUUUACUGUUCUCGAACGACCGUAACUAUAGGCAAAAGCCAGAUUCGAUCCAGAAGCCGUCCAGUUCGACAGUGUCCUGCUGAAGGACGUGAGAGACUUCACGCGGCGGGGGAGCUUUGACUAAAUCAGUGGACUGGCUAGAAGAAAGAGACUGUUGGAUCCGGCGAGCAGUGUAUCCUUGGAUUGGUACUGUGAGGGGUUCUCUGCAUUGCGCAGUAUAAAUGAUCUCGAACUGGGAUCGAAUUAAUUAAUGGACCUAAAUCGGUGGACUCCGCAACCCUGGGGAUGAUUCUGGCAUAAUUGUGAUUUGACUUGAAUCGACUUCUGGAGUCGGGAACUUUUACUGGAUUUAAAUCCUUACUCUCCAAGUAAAAGACUGUCCCUGGAUUUGAACAUCUGUAUGCGCCUAACUCUGUCUGUGUGAGAGGACCGCAGAUUUGUUAUGGAGACCGGCACUGGCCCAUGGCUUCAGCUCUUAACGGCUCUGUGGUUGCAUCUGUCUCAGUCGCAGGUAGGCUACAAGAAGCAACAGCUACUGCUCAGCAACCGAAUGGCGUUAAUGGAAACAGCACAACAGAAGUGGUUCCAUUUGAAGUGGUUUGGAGACAGAGCUACUGCCACACCAUCGAAGUGCUGAUAAACAUUGUGGUUGAGUAUCCAAGUGAGGUGGAACACAUCUUCAGUCCUUCCUGUGUUGCAGUGCAGCGCUGCGCUGGUUGCUGUGGUGAUGAGAAACUGCAGUGCCUGCCGAAGGAAACCCGCAACAUCACCAUGCAGCUGUUGAAGAUCAAUCCACUGGGAGAGGACGAAUUCACAGAGCUGGACUUCACAGAGCACACAAGCUGUGAAUGUAGCUCAAGAAAGGAAAAAUUGAAACAUGAAAGGUGUGGAACUCCAAGCAGGUAACUGCAGUGCCGCUUAAGAAGAAGGUCACCUCCGUUUGCCGUAGUAUUUAUUCUCAUUAAAAAGUAUGUUAACCAUUCUUCAAGCACUUGUCUGUUAAGAAGAAACACUGGACCCAUCUUGCUAACUUAGACUCUUGGAGAAAUGGACACAAAAAGUUUUUUUCCGGGUGGUUACACUUCUUUUUCUAGGUUAUUGUUCCCAGGAGAAUUAUUUUCAGAGUGACAUUUCACCCCUGACAUUUUACUGAACAAAUUUUAAAAAAUGGGAUUUUUACAUUAAGGUUACAAGCUGACUGUGUGUUAUUUCAGCAGACGUAACAAGCCUGUAACAUUAUUAAAUGAGAUCUGGGAAUGUCUGUUCUAAUUGAACACCCACACAUCAGUAACAGGAAUUGCUUCAUGUAUGUUAUCACUGCAGUUCUGCAGUAAUUAUGUAAAUGCAGUGGUUGUCAAUUAGUACAUUGCACCACAAAAAAUGAAUUACUGUACUUCAUUUGUAAUGCUGGUUAUUUUGUUGCUAUAAAAGCUCUUUACUUUGGGGCUUUAAGUCCCUUACUUGCUCAUAAUUGUAAUAUUUUUUGUGGCAUUGCAAACAUUGUAUUAUGACAGUUGCUGUAUUACAAAGUUGCAUGACUACAGGCUGAGAUUAUAAUUCUGCAGUAGCCUAUUCUGCUGAGAAUGCACUACAUUACUGGGUUCUGCUGCAACAGUGUUGCAUUAAUGCACUCCUGUAUGCUAUACAAUGUAUUACAACACAUUUGUACUCUGCAAAAAUAUUGAGACUGUAUUGCAUUGUGGAUCAUCUGCCAUGACAAUACUUCAUCACUAUAUUCUACUAUUGAAUGUUUUUGUUUCACAGCAGUUUUGCAUUAUUUGUGACAAUGGUAGCAUAUUACUGCACUGGUCUGUAGAUAUAAUGGUUAUGCAUUUCAUGUUAUAUACAUUUAUUUGUAAUAUUUCUUGUUGCACACCCAAGGUGUGUGAUUAAAUUUAAAAUAAAGCAAAGCUUAACUGGUUUAGUCAGGUAUCACACACUUGGGAGUGUUUAAAAUAAAUUUAAUGUACAUUC